GCCAGCAGCAGAAGGCAGGCAGCGGAGAGGAGGGGAACGAAGCAGGUGGAAGCGCUGCUAUCGUUACCUGACUCAUUCUUCUUUUCCACACGAGGGAGAUGAUUUUUUUCCUCUCUCUCCUGCGUUUCCAAGCUGCUGCGCAGAAAUCCAACAUUCACGAGGAGAAGAAGUGGGAGCGUCGACUCACUUUACCAAACACAGAGGAGGACAGAGCGCGCGCUAAGAAAAAAAGUAACGACCAUGCACUGUUAGGUUGGUGGCUGCGCGUGUGAAAAGUGUAUGGAGACCGUUAGGGAUAAUUAGACAGUAAAAGCCAUUAGUCAGAGAGUUUCUAAGCGUGUGGUGCCUGAAGGUGUUAGGGAAAGGCGGCAUGCCGGUGCCCACGCCGCAGAACGAGAUGGCCCAGUGCUGCGUUCGCUGUUAAAGCUGUUCCCCUCACCUGGACCCGAAGCGAACAUGAAGGACACGGGGGAAUCAAAGGACCAACAACUGACUGUUGCCUUGAGGAUUCGACCCCUGAGUGAUGCUGAGCAAGAGGAGGGGGCGACCAUUGUGGCCCACAGAGUGGACGACCAGAUGGUGGUUCUGAUGGACCCUAUGGAAGAUCCAGACGACAUCCUGCGUGCCAACCGCUCCAGGGAGAAGACUUACAUGUUUGACGUGGCAUUCGACUUCUCGGCUAGUCAGGAAGAGGUUUACCGAGCUACAACCAAAGGGCUCAUUGAAGGCCUCAUAUCAGGCUACAAUGCCACUGUGUUUGCCUAUGGACCCACAGGUUGUGGGAAGACAUACACCAUGUUAGGCACUGACAAAGAGCCAGGAAUCUAUGUCCGCACACUGAAUGACUUGUUUCGUGCCAUCGAAGAGACUAGUGAUGACAUGCUGUACAGCGUGUCAAUGUCCUACCUUGAGAUCUACAAUGAGAUGAUCAGAGACCUGCUGAACCCAUCUUCAGGUUUCUUGGAUCUAAGAGAAGACUCUAAAGGCAUGAUUCAGGUUGCAGGCAUCACAGAAGUGUCGACCAUCAAUGCCCAGGAGAUCAUGGAGCUGCUAAUGAAGGGAAACAAGCAGCGCACACAGGAGCCAACAGCUGCUAAUCAGACAUCGUCUCGUUCCCACGCUGUGCUGCAGGUUGCCGUCAAGCAACAGAGCCGUUGUCGUGACGUGUUGCAGGAGGUCCGCUUUGCUCGGCUUUUCAUGAUUGACCUCGCUGGCUCAGAAAGAGCUGCUCAGACUCAGAACAGAGGUCAGCGAUUGAAAGAAGGAGCUCACAUCAAUCGCUCCCUCCUGGCUUUGGGCAACUGCAUUAACGCCCUGAGUGACAAAAAUGGCAACAAGUACGUCAACUACCGAGACAGCAAGUUGACUCGCCUCCUGAAGGACUCAUUGGGUGGGAACAGCAGAACAGUGAUGAUAGCCCAUAUUAGCCCCGCCUCUACAGCUUUUGAGGAGUCUCGAAACACGCUGACAUAUGCUGACCGUGCCAAAAGCAUUCGUACACGGGUGAAGAAGAACCUAAUAAAUGUGUCAUACCACAUUGCUCAGUACACAAACAUCAUCUCUGACCUCCGCUGUGAAAUCCAGCGGCUCAAAAAGAAAAUUGCAGAGCAGGCGAGCCGGCAGGUCGGUUCUGACCGAGCUGACAUCCGAAAUAUCCAGGCGGAGGUCCAAGCCCACUCCAGCCAGCAGAGCAGAGCAGAGAUGGACGAGUUGAGGGAACAGCUUCUGGAUGCUUUCCGGCAGCAGAUGAAGAUCAGGAAGAGCCUGAUCGAGCUGGAGAACAACAACAUGGAGAUCCAGAUCGACACCUCUAAACACCUUGUCACCAUUGCAGACUGGGAGCAGGAGCAGAGCAAGCGCAGGAGAAAGUGGCGUGCAGAAAAAAGGAAGGAAAGUGUCAAUAAAGACGAAAGUGAAAAGGAUUCGGAUUCCCCAGAGUCUCCCCCAGACAGCACAGAGACCCGGGAGGUAGCAGUGGCUCGGGCAAACCUAGUCACUCUCUUGGCUGAACAGAAGAAGAUUCAAAAUCAGAAGGGUUUACUGGAGCAGAGGUUUCUGGAGCUCCGGGAUCGAGCUCAGCGCUUGGAGGAGCUUCUUCCUCGCAGGGUGAGCUCAGAGGAGCAACGUGAAGUCCUUGGCCUCCUCUGCAAGGUCCACGAACUGGAGAUCGAGAACGCAGAGAUGCAGUCCCACGCGCUGAUCAAAGACAACGUCAUCCGGCAGAAAAACUUUGUAGUCCAGCGCUUUGAGCAACACAGACACCUGUGUGAUGAGAUCAUUCAGCAACAGAGACAAUUCAUAGAUGAGCACAGCCUGCUUGUACCACCGCACCUCCAGGAACUAUAUGAGACGUACAUGAGGGAGCUGGAUGAGAGGAAGCUGGAGAGAGCUGUAGCCUUGGACAAGGUGACCACCAGACAAACCAUCAAGGAAGGAUCUUUACCAAAGAUCUCUCUGCCAGGUCAAGGUCGCGAUUACACCCAGGAUGUAGAUUCUGACCAGGAGAGCUUACGUAACAUGUUCACAGAGAACAGACGAGGUCAAGCCAGAAUGCGCAGACACACCUUACCCCCAAUUCUCCCUGAAGCUGAGCCGGACAGGGUGUUUAAAAGCAGUCCUCAUGCCAAGCAGAUAAAGAACUCGGCUAUAAUGACCCCUCCUCCAAUACACAUAAAUGGGAAAGGCAACAGAGAGCUGCAGCCUCUGGCUCCUGAAAGCUUCACAAGCUACAGCCAUCUCAGCCACAGCAUCAGCAGCCAACUGGACUCAUCACCCGAGAGCAGCGAAGCUGGGGGUGAUGUGACCAUUUCUCGAAAUGAACGGCAGCAGAUCCUUAAAGGGGUUCAGAACAUCGUGGUAAAAGCAGCCCGUCGACGUUCCAAAGCCCUGGAGGUGGAUGUCCUUCGGUUACCUGUUGCCCCCUCUCCCCUUGACCACAAAAAGCAGAAAAGCAACCUUUCUUUAAUCGAGGGGCCCCCUAGAGGUCUAUCUUUGCGGCGCGGCAGGCAGCCAAGCCCUGAACUGAGACACGCCACCUCUGAUGAUAACCUGUCCAGCAGCACAGGGGAGGGACCAGGCCUGCAUGUUACCUGGACACGUCCUCGCAACAACCAUCCUACCAACAAGAACCAAACACCUCGUGAGGUGGACUUUGAAGCCCGUCGCAAGAAAAGACGCUCAAGAUCUUUUGAGGUCACUGGUCAAGCACUGCCUCAGACCAAAGCCAUCAAAGCUCAGAGGUUUCGGCCUCUGGACAGCACAUCGGACCCUCAUCUUCAUAUUAACGGCCAACCCCAGGCCCCUAUGGUGCGUCCACAGUACAGAGGGGUCCCUCCUAUCGCCAAAGUCAGGCCUCACCACAGCAAUCACACACAUACAGGAACAAAUGCUGAGUCAUCCACAGCAAGCAUUAAUAACCUGAAGAGAGGACCCCAGCUUCGGCAGCCCCAUCCUCUUGUCUAUGUCACCACCACAGGCACCGGGGCCCAGCGCACUCGCAGACACUGAGCCCAACUCCAGCACUCACAGCCACACAAGCUGAGCCUGAAACUCAGAGUUAGGGACUCUGAGUUUGAAAAACUAUGACAAAAAAUGACAAACAGUAAGCAGACGAAGGCUGGAUGUCUUAACACAAGUGUUGUCUUUUAUGUGCACCAUGUAUGAGGCCACUCUAAGAUCCAGUUACCUGAAGACACCACAGAUUUGUACAUUUACAGUGCCCAUUCUGUCCUGUGCCGUGUCUUCACUUUAGUCCACUGCCGUGCUGAAUAUCUUCCGUUUUGAUGAAGUUGCGAAGAUGUGAAGCUCACUGUGAACGCAACUCAGUUGUUUGUUGUGAUUGUUUCUGUUUAUAUGUGUGUAUAUAUGUGUGUGUGUAUUUUCGGUCUUUGUUAUGAAAACCUUAAAAAAACAAAUCUUAGACGCUCUAAGCUCAGCUUCAGGAUGUAAAUACAGUCUGACUUCAUGUAUCAAAACAAUGCACAGAAAAUUCUCACAUGCGUCCUAAUAUCAGUGUUCUAGUACACUGAGCUAUGCUCUACUGGUAAAAUGUAUUCAUUAUUUUUUGUUCUUGUUAGACUGAAGAACUGAUAUUUGUGGAGAAAACCUAAAUGUGUGUAUUUUGUGGAUUCUAUAUCCUUUCCCCACCUGAGGUCUUUGCCUUUUUAAACCAAAUACUUCCUUAUUGAAUAUCAUGUUUGUGUAAAUGUAUACACAAACAUCACAAGAUGUUUUGUUUUCCAGAUUGGUUGGUUCAGCUUUUAAUUAACUGUUUAACAAAUGCCUUUUUCUUUUACAAUAUUGACAGUUUUCAUAUU